GCCACCCACUCGCCAGUCGGUUUAGAGUGCAUAAUUUGAGAAGCGUGUGGAUGGGGUGUGGAAAUAACUUCAAAUUGGGGAAAAAAACUGAAAAAACGAAGUUGACACGUUAGGAGUAUUGUUGUGCGCGUGUUUAUUACACUUUGAAUGUAUUUCUUGCCUUCUUCCGUUUCACUCAAUUUUUUUGCUGCUUUACGGCCGAGUGUUGUAUACUUGACAACGCGAGGGACUGUCCUGUCGAAGUUUGGAUUACAUCAAGUGUUUUGCCAAAGACGUGGAAAAAACUGUGUAUUUGACCACUUCAAACACUCUAAAUACUUGCAGCACCCCUUUGAACUAUGCUGAACGGCUUUGAACGAGUUCGGCGCGUUUUGGAAUAUUUAACCAUGCGUCGAGGGAACUGGGACAGCGCGAAACAAUAGUGUGUGAGAGAAAGCUCAUCCGGGGGAGGUGAAUGCCUCGCGGCGGCUUUGUUCUGUCCAGCGUGGAGACCUGCCGCCAGCUUCGACUGACUGAUCAACAGGGAUCCAGGCCCAGGCACCAUGGAUGGGACUCUUUCCGAGCUGUUGGCAGCCUUCUUGGAGUCGCCCCUCGUGUUGUGGGUGCGGACAUUGGGUCCACUGGGAUCAUGUGACAAUGCGGGUUCAGAGGAGCGUGUCAACAUGUUCGUCGAACUUGUGGAUGGCGUCUUCCUGCACAAGAUCAUGACACAAAUUGACCCCAGUCCAAACAACCAGAGGCUGAACAAGAAUGUGAACAAUGAUGUGUCGCUUCGCCUUCACAAUUUGACCCUUCUCACGAGACACAUCAGGACCUACUACCAGGAUACCCUUCAGCAGUUAAUAGUGAUGCCUCUUCCAAACAUUCUCUCCAUUGCCAGGGAUCCCUUAUCAGCAAAGAGCAUGGAGGAGCUGAAAAGAAUUUUACUGUUGAUACUUGGCUGUGCUGUCCAGUGUGAGCGUAAGGAGGAGAUGAUCGAAAGGAUCAAACUGCUGGACAUUGAGACCCAAGCUGCCAUCGUCUCUCACAUCCAGGAGGUGACCCACAACCAGCAGAAUGUUCUUGACCUUUCAUGGCUAGAGGAAGGAGCAGGGCUCGCACAGGAAGAGCUUGAACCAUUGUCACGCAGCAUGGCUACGUCUCUACAGCAACUGAUAGCGCAGAGAGACAAGGCCAGUGAGGUCAUUGUGGAUCUUACCCAGGAGAGGGACUACUUAUCCAGCCUGCAUCCCCAGGAAAGAUCAAUAGGUAACCCAGGGCAAGUGAAUACUUCAGGAGGUGUGAUAGUGAAUAACAAAGGAUCAGCCUUGGCUGUGGCCAGCCUUACCAAAGAAGAGAAGCAGCAUUUAUCUGUCGAGCUUGCGGACACGAAGGCCAAGCUUCGCAGAUAUAGACAAGAGCUCGAAGAGAAGACUGAGCAGUUGAUGGAUUCCAAACAUGAGGUGGAGCAUCUAGAUCAGGAGCUUCAGAGACUUAAACAAGAGAAUCAGUCACUAUCUUGUGAGGCUCGCUCUGUACGACUGUAUCGGGAUGAGGUUGACUCUUUGAGGGAGAAAGCGGCCCGGGUCGACCGACUCGACACCGAGUUGACUCGGUGUAAAGAGAAGCUCAAUGACGUUCACUUCUACAAGAACAGAGUGGAGGAGCUUCGUGAAGACAACCUGACCCUUAUGGAGACUAAAGUUUUGCUGGAGGACCAACUAUCAGUCUCCAGGGGGCGCUGUGAGAAAGUUCAUGCUAUGGAGAAGGACAACCUGCUACUACGAGCGAAAAUACGUGACUUGGAAAUGGAGAGGGACAGUGAGCGCCGUCGGCUCGAGGAGCUGGUGGAGGAGAACAUGCUUCUGGAGAUUGGACAGAAACAGAGUAUGAACGAAUCAGCUCAUCUGGGAUGGGAACUGGAACAGCUAACCAAAAACCAAGACAAUUCUAUCUCAGAAACCCGGAAAUCGUUUGUCCAUGAGCUCAACGAGUGUGUCUCCAGUCGAGUUUUGAAGCUGGAGAAAGAGAACAGGGAGCUGCAAACCUCGAUUGAAAGACUAAAAGAGGAGAAUCACCACCUGCAAGAGAAGCAACUCCAUACCCAAGAGCUGGACAGGGAUAACCAGGGUCUCAGUACCAAGUUGGAGCGUCUCCAGGGCUUGCUGGACCAGGAGAAACUGACCAAUCAAGACAUGGAGUCACUUGGGGAGGAAUUGUUGAAGGAAAAGCAAAAUCUGGAAAGAGAAAUGCACGCUCUAAGAGCAGACAAAGACCGACAGAUUUCAGAAUUGGAGAGUGAGAAGCAGCAUCUUUUUGAUGCUAUGGUGUCGCUUCGUGAGCGGGCGCAGUCUCACAGUGAAACAAGGGUCCGCGAGGUGGAAGCAGAGAAUCGCCUCCUACACCAAGGCAUUACUGAUACCAGUGCCCGGUUAGCAAGUCUGGAAACUCAACUCAUGCUUUCCAAAGAAGAGGCAGAUAGGCUGAGGGAGAGGGCAGAAAGAUGCAGUGAAGUAGAGAGGGAGAUGGCCAAGACGGAGAGGAGCAGGGAUGCUCUUAACAGAGAGGUGACAUCUCUGCGUGCUUGCAGCGAGAGGUCGGAGUUUCUUGAGAAGCAGGUGUCCUCCCUGGAGCAGGACGUGCACAGACUGAAACGGGAAGCCGAGGAGGGUCAACAAGGGCUUCAGCAACUGAAGAGACAGGAAGCAGAAAAUAGCCUCCUGACAAAGGAAAACUUGGACCUCCGCUGCUCUGUGGAAAAUCUGCGCUCCUCAGCCUCUCUCCUCACAAAACAACAGGAGGACUACAAGGAGGUGCAGAAAGAAUUGCAAGAACUGCAGAGGAGAUUGGAGGAGGUUGGAGUGGAGUUACACGGCGAGAGGAAGAGAGGAGAGAGGCUGGAAGUCAAUGUUGCCACACUAAAUCAAGAGAAGCAUCGCUUAGAGGGUGAGAUGGAGAAGUUGAAAGAGGAGCGGGAACAAAUGGAGAGAGAGGAGCAGGAAGCAUUGCGUAGGCAGGAAGAGCUGAGAAAAGAAAUAGAAGAUCUGAGUCAGGAGCAGAGGAGGAGAGAGGAAGGGGACAACGAGAGACUGAAGAUGCUGGUGGACCUGGAACAGUCUGAGAAGGGAAGGAAGCACCUGGAAAAAGAGAGUUGGAGGAACAGAAUGCUCCUGGAAGGUAAGGAGGCAGAGCUGGAAGAGAAGGCUCGUCAGUUGGCUCUGGCGGAGAAAGACGGCGUAGAUAUGAGAAAAGAAGUGAAUUUGCUUAAGGAGGCGGCACUCAAGGCCAAAGAGUUGGAGAGGGAGAACAAGGAGCUGCACAAACAGGCCACCAUUGACAAGAGAACGUUGGUUACACUUCGAGAGGAGUUGGUGUCCGAGAAAUUGAGAGUCCAGCAGCACAGCGUCGAGUUGGAAAGACUCAAUGAAGAACUGGAGAAGGUCGGACUGAACCGAGAAAGACUACUACAGCAGGAGCACAUGCUGGAAGAUAGCAAGUACAAGCUGCUUGAAUCCCGACUGGAGGAAACGGUCCAACAGGCAAUGAAGAUUAAAGAGGGCAAAAUCUCCAAUCUGGAGAAGAAACUCGAAGAGAGCAACACACGCAACGCCACGCUACAGAAUGAGCUAGCUACUGCACUUGAGAAAGUGUCUACUUUCCGUGAGCAACAGGAGAGAGAAGAAAACCACAACCCCCCUGAGUUCUCAGGAGGACACGGGCGGAGCGGCUCAGCAACUGCUGAGCUUCUCCGUAUCAAAGAUCAUCUCAUUGAGAUCGAGAAGAAUAAUGCCUCAUUGCAGACUCAGAGCAGUUUGUUGAAGGAUCAGCUUAAACAGCUUGAGAACCAAAACAGUUCACUCAACAACCAAAUGGCAACACUGCAGCGACACACCACAGUGCUGCAGGAGCAGAAUUCAGCUCUGCAUACUCAGACAGCACAACUUCAGGUGGAAAACUCCACACUGUCGUCCCAGAGUGCAUCUCUCAUGGCUCAGAAUGCCGUGUUGCAAGGCCAAGUCACCGCCUUGGAGAAUGAGGUCGAGUCAUGGCAAAGACAGCGCGAGGAGGCCUGGCGAGGCAGAGAAAGCGUUCUCAAUGACCACGAGCGCUUGCUGAAUGUACAUGAGAGGCAAGCACAUGAGUACGAGGAGUUGAUCAGUCAACACACGGCUCUGAAAGUCAAGCAGAGGACACUAGAGGGCGAACACAGAACAAUGCACAGCAAGUAUUGCGCUUUGUUGCAGCAAAAAGAGAAAUGGGAGGAAUUAGAAGGGCGGGGUCAGAAGGAGAGAGAGGCAUUAAACCAAGAGCACCAGAAGAAUCGGCUAUUGCAGCAAGAAAACCUUCAACUUAAAAAUGAAGUGGACAGGAUGUCACAUAGCGAAUCCCAACAAUCUGCGCAGUGCAAUGCGCUACAGCAGCAGAUGAAUGAACUCAAGACCUCAUUUAGCACUGCCCAGCUGGAAGUGAAUCGAUGGAUGUCACGGUAUGAUACGCUCAUGGAGCAACACCAGGGCUUGGACCUCACUAUGACCAAACUAGACAACCACUGUGAGCUAUUAAGUCGCCUGAAAGGGAACUUAGAAGAAGAAAAUCAUCACCUGCUGAGCCAGAUCAACCUUUUGAGUCAGCAAAAUCACACUCUGCUGGAAAGAAGCAUGGAGAGCAAAGAGCUUUAUCAUCAGGAGCAGAAGCUGUACAUUGAUAAACUGAACGCUCUUCGUCGUCAGAAAGAGAAAUUAGAAGAGAAGAUCAUGGACCAGUACAAGUUCUAUGACCCUACACCCAAAAAGAGGAGUCAUUGGUCUAGCGCCAUGGCUUUCGUCAAACUCAUGAAACCGAGGAAGGAGAGGAGCAGGGAGCGGGGUGGAGAUCGAGACAAGGAAGGGACUCAAGAGAGAGAAUGGACAAAGAGUGCACCUGACAUCCCACUACCUGCCCCCCCUCCCUUACUCCCCCCAGAAACCCCACCCCCUGGCCCUCAGAGAACAGGAAAUGACUCCUGGGACAAUGGCCACACCCACAGUAAACAUAAUAACCACAGCAACAGCCCAAGCCUGGGCCUCCAGAGUCCAACAUUGACGCCCAACAGCCGAGGAGGACGAGGGGUAUAUCAUUGCAGCACACCAGGAGGUAGCAGUGAGAGUGUCACUGGAGAAGACGGACAAGGCCUCGCACAGACCCACAAAGCUCUGAGUUCCACCCCAAGCCAUCAAUCAUCUUCACUUGCCCUCAGUAGCUGCAGGCCCAGAGGUGUGCUCUUCGACGAAGACACUGAGACCGGAUUUGGUCCACGUGGUCACAUGGGAUGUCGUCCAGGAUCAGCUGACUUUAGUCACCAUACGUCCAGCUCAAACUCACCGGUCAACUGCAAAGAUGCAUCCGAUUGUCACCCCCGGUCAGCGAGCCUAUCCAGCGAUGAUGUCAGGGGUCUCAGCCAAUCACAGCAGAUCAUGUCACGCAGCGCAACCCUCCCAUACGAUCAAGCACCCCAGCGGGCCCAACCACAGCGUGGAGGCGGCAUUAGGAAUCGGGCUCGCCCUUCAUCUCCCGGAAGUGAGAUGGUGUCACUGGAGGAGUUUCUGCAAGAGAGCAACCUGAAGUCACCACAAACGGUUCCAACAGAAAGCAGAGAGGAAUUAAUGACUGAAUACUUCACCAGAAGUCCAGCCUCUUCGGGUCCCACCGGUAAAGAUCAGGGCACCCCCACCAGCUACGUCACGCCCACCGUACAUGCAUCUAACCAGAGGCCGGGCCAAAGUGUUAAGCCCUCUUCUCGGCAGCCUGUCAGCCAGUCGCAGGCCUCUGGCCGACCUGUGACCCAGAGGAUCAACCAGUCACUGAGCAGGACGUUCAGCCUGGCCUCUGCUGAUUUGCUCCGCUCCAAUGGGCCAGACAGUUUUCAUGGAAACGGGGGCUCUCCGAACCAGUCAGACACGGUGGUUCGGAGGCAAGGAGGAGGGACUAAUGGAAGAGAGAGGCCGCUCUCUGCCCGUUUGGCCAGCUCAACCAAUCAGCACAGAGACAGCGGCAUCCCGAACUCCCCCAUUCACCAUUCGUCUUCUCUCACGCUGCAGACAGACAGACAUGUGGAGAGAGAGCGCGAUAGAGGGCGGACUCCUGUGUCCCCUAACGGCCUCUCGUCGUCUUACUAUCAUCGUGGGGAGGUUGCCAUGGUAACCCCUGUGAGGGCUGUGCCCACUGCUCAGCCGGACGAAGCCUUGGAACAUGGAGAGGUGUUCGGGGAGGAGCGCCCAGGUGAGCCUUUUCGCCAGCACAAAGACAGCGAGCGGGUGAGAUGCACCUCUGCGGAACGUCCAAAAAGCACACCCGCUUCCCCUGACCCCAACAACGAUCCCCAGACUGUGUGGUAUGAGUACGGCUGUGUCUAAUCACAGAAGCCAAGACAAGGAUUCGGUUGGGUUUGUAUAAAAACGGGAACACGGACCACAGUCUACUUUCUGGAGCUUCUAUUUGACUAAAACCGUUAGACAUCAAUGUCCAGCACAAGUAAACAUCUUUAAUGGGAAGUUAGCCGGAUUUCAAAAACGGCUGUUUUGGGAUGAAGAAGCGAUCAAAGCUAUGACAAGUAACCUCAUUACAAUUCUCCUGGUUUUGGCUUCCUUGGAGCAAUGGACUAAGGGCUUGCGCUACUAAAUCCUCGAAGCACACUUAAUUCAAUCAGUAGCACGCAAAAUAGUAAACAUAUCAAGUAUCAUCUCAAACAACCACCGGAAAAGGUGAGCAGAAAGUGGUGGCGAUGCCAUGCCCAAGUGUAUUUAUGAAUUGAGAGAGGCAGUGAGAAUACUGUAAACGGGCGGGAUGCCGAAAUAGGAGCGAGGGUCGCGAGGAUGGGAAAUGUGAGGACAGCAAAAUAAACAGCGGAGAUUGGAAGCGUCGUCCACAUGCACCACUGAUAUUUGACUGGAAGUGAUGCUCGCCCUGAGUCAACACUACUCUGCCUUUCAACCAAGUACAGUGGGAGUGAAACAAGCAGCCAAAGGGUUCACCAAUACAGUACUGAUUGGCCUUGUCAUAGCUGUGAGAGAAACUGGCAAGUGCAUUUUGAGCCAUCAUACCAGUGAAAUCAGUCAUUGAAUUCAAUGCAAAUUCAAAUAACUGUGCAGCGGUUUGGUGUUGUCCACCCCUUCUCCAACAGACCACUGUGGUCGGAGCCCCCACCAAAAUCACCAAAUAUACACGGGGUUAUUUGAUACAUUUCACAACUUUAACAGUAAGGAACACAAUCAUAAUGAGACCAAACUGAUACCGAAUUGUUCUGACUUGUGCUUGGUUUUUUUUUUGUAUUUUUGUUUUUUUGUUUUUUUUAAACAUAGUUUAAU